AUGGCCACCACUUUUCAUCCCUUCCCGCGUCUUCCGUAUGAGCUUCGCGCCCGGAUUUGGGACUUAGCGGCGCAUCCACGUCAUGUUCGCAUCCGUAUAACGAACGACUCAGAGGCCAACACAUUUGCUUCGCCGAUGCCGCCUCCUGCUAUCAUGCACGCCUGCCGAGAAUCCCGUCAGUGCGCUCCCUACCAGAAGGCUUUCUUCUCUACUUUGCCCGGUGAAUCUAUGGCCCGAUAUGUCUGGGUCAACUUCAAAGAAGACAUGAUCUGCCUUACAGACUAUCAAUACGAACGCCUAAAGCACAAGGAUGAGAUUCAACGGCUCAGAAUUACUAUACCAAAGGGACGCGAUGGUCGAAAUUGGAGUGAUGCAUUUCCUCACUUUCGCCGAGAGUCGCUGGGGAAGUUUCCGCUGCUACGGGAGGUACACGUAGCUAUGCAAGAGCAUGUAUUAAGUUGGGGGGCAGAUUUUGGUGGCCCCUCAUAUGGAAAGUGUCCUUCGGAAAAUGUUAGAUUUCUUGAUCUUCACUCAGGCCUUUUGUUGACUGGACCUCAGCUGGAGAUGGCAUGGUUCUGGUCUUAUUCGCACGGGGGGUUGGUGCAAGAUAUGGAUGGCUUUGAUGAUGAGCUACAAUUUGUAGUAGAUAAUAUCGAAGGCUUGGAUUUCAACUUGUCAAAUUUCGCAGAGAUGGAAGAAUAG